UCUCAACUGUUCUUUAUCGGCUUGCAAUAGGACAGCUGUUGCUUACGGUGCACGUUUGCAUCGUUGCAACCCUGCGAGCUCAAGCUAUGUUGACGUCCACUGCUGGCCUGUUAUGCUUCAUCGGAUAUGUAUCCCUCCGGCUGUCGUUGCUGUUCUCCAUGCAUCGCGGCAUACUGGCACAAGAUGAUGAUUGCAUGCAAUACCAAUUAAGCGUCUGUUCAGUUGUCAAGAUUAAGUUCAAGUCUCACGCUUCAAACUGCGGCAACUCAUUGAUCUCAAAGACGUGCUCGCUCGAUGCGCUAGACCUGAAGUCAUAUCUGCAAGGGUCGUCGGCAGGGACAGACAUUGAAAAGCCUAACCGUCCUCGACUUCUUCCUCCAGGGUGCGGCUCAGAGGCGAGCACUUCAGGCUCAGAGAGGUGCUCAUUCGAUCCAUUAGAAAGCCCAUGGAGGACAACAAGAGCUUGGAUAGGAUCACCCUGGGAACAACUGCCAGACUGCGAAACUGUCUGUGUGGAGCGUACUGCUGAUCUAUAUUACAGCAUCGCUAGGUCCAAAGCGGAUCCUUGCAUACGCAUCAUGGACACAACAGAUUCCACAUCUUGGGAUAUCCUCUUCCGACACCCACAAGAGGCAAAGAGCAUUACGUUGGCGCAGGGUGGUCUGUGUUUAUGCAAAGUCGAUAUGGUGAUGCAGCGAGUGGUCCAACGGCUACCGCCUGAGUCAGAUUCUGCGAAUUCCUCUGCAGACACUUCACCUUGUCAGGCUCCUCCUGUCUACAUUCCUUAUUGUGAACCCUUGAAGACGUCAGAGCGAAUCAUCAAUUCUUUCAAGGUGCUUCAGCAACAGUCAUGGUACCCCGAGCCUUCCUUCACAGGCGCAAACCCAGAUUACGUCUUGGAAGAUGGAAUUUGGGAUGCGGUUUACAUUGGCCCAGGAUUUAUCAACUCAAUCGCAUGCGAUGCACAAUGCGCGGAUCUCUUCGCCGACGAAUUCUUCAGACUGAAUACACUGCCUAGUGGUCUGGAUCCAUCUCAAUCGAGCAACUGCACCAUCAAAUAUCACGUUGGGAACGAAACGCAUCCAGGCAAUACCGUUCUCUGUUGCAAAGGAGAAUCUAUGGCCCCGAUCAUAAAGCGGAUUGAGCUCUUGCAUAUGUCUGAUUUACGCAACAAACGUCGUGAGAAUGUUAACAUCAAAGCGUGUAUGUCGCUUCCGCUGCCUAACGACAUGAUAGACUUGAUCGCGGAGAGGCUCGCUUCGGAUUCACAGCUGGAGUGGGAGCUUUUUCGAAGGAGCUUCCUGUAGUUCGAAACGCAGUCAUUGUGCUGUCGCAGAUGGCGGCCUCAAUGCUGCUAUCCCAAAAUCGUCGUCAAGCAUGUUAGCUUUCAAAGACCGGGAGGCCUACGAGCAGAAGGGAAAGCCAAAACAAGUGUGAGUCGAUAGAUUCAGUUGAUGUGGGCCUUCAAAGUUAUCCGUGAUGUUGCUCGUGCAUGCCUUGUACUCAUCAUAGCCCGCACUUCACGUCAGCGCGCUUGAGCAAUCAAUACGAUGCGCUUGAACUCAGAGCCAGCAUGUCAA